UAUCUUCAGGUGCUAUGUAAGCUGCGGUUCGCAGUGAGAGACGCUGUGACGCGAAGCGCUAUAUGACCCCUGGAGAAGACUUCCGAAUGAAGUCGAAACUUGUCUGAAACAGCAAAACACAAUAAUUCACAACAUUUUGGCGCAAACUGAAUCUGAUGCCAACACUAGCCGAACUGAACAUUGUAUCCCAAUGAGUCCAGAGAGAGACGAAGAAAUCAAUGUAAUAAUUGAUAAACUAACAGAUUAUAUAAAUAAUAUUAUGCUGGAACACGAAGACUUAGAUAUUCGCCUUGUCAAAUUCGAUAUUGAAGCACAUUCAGACGAUGAGAUAGAAGAAAAAGAUAUCCAAUUAGAAAUAACAGUCAAUAACUGUCCUGAGGUAUAUCAAUCACAUGCACAUAAUAUAAAGGAGAUUAAUCAAGAAAUUGAAGUAAACCAUCCUGAAAAUAAUGACCCUGAAAGUAAUUUACGAUCGGAUAAAUCAAUAGAGGAUGUUAACAAUAAUAAUAAUGAUGAUGGACGUGAACAUACUCCAAUUAAUGAUGAAAAUAACGAAGAAAACCAUACCGCCGAUUCUUCCGAUGAAACUGAUCAAUCAGUUACAAAUUCUAAUGUAAUCCCUGAAAAUGUAAGUAAUACGAGAGACGUCAAUCUUCCCAAGGACUACUCAGACGACAAAACAGUCCCACAGGUAUUGGUAUUAGAUCUACAAGAAAAUAGAAUUGAACAGAACGCUGAUCCUGUACUGGUAUAUGUAGAAGAACAUGAAGAUCAAAUUGACAAAGUAAUUGUAAUACCACAGAAUUCUGUGAAUAACAAUUCUGACCAUGUUAUACUUCCUGAUUCUAGAAAUUCUGCAGAAGACAGAGAUAGUAAUAGUGAACAUAAUGAACCUUUGGCAAAUAAUGAAAAUCAAAUUGAGGAGAUCAGCACUCCUGAUUUAUCCAACGAAACCGUCCGCGAAUCCGCAAACACUAAUUCAGAUAACGAAAAUAUAAAUAAUACGACGAAUGUCAAUGAAUAUCCAACGAUAGUAGAAGAAAAACAAGAGCAAACAGAACAGAUCGACAGAGCAAAUAUACCAGAGAAUUCAGAAGAGAACGUUUCUGAAACAUCAGUAGAAGAUGCUGGUGAUAAUAAUACAAAAACAGAAACUGACUCAAACAAUGAAAAUAACAACACCUCUAAUGUUUCUAACGAAAGUGUUGAGCAAUAUUCAAGUAAUGAAUCAAAUAAUGAAAAUGUAAGUAAUCUUCCUACGGAUAAUACAAAAGGCAAAAAAGCACCUCAAUUAAAGAUAUUGCGCUUACAAGAAAACGGUAUAAAUCUUUUAAAAACAUUGGAACAGAGAGGAAAGAAGGUAAAUCCUUUAUUGGUUUAUGUACAAAAUGAACCAAUCAGCAAUGCAGUUACAUCACAGAAUUCUGAAAUCAAUAUUAAUUCUUCUAACGAAGCUAAUUUAUCGGCCGUUAAUGAUUCUUCUAACAAUUCAAGAGAGAAGAGAGCCCCAGAAUUAAUGGCAUUGAAUCUAGCAGAAAACGGAAGAGCUCUUUUGGAAGACUUGGAAACCAAUGGAAGGAAAGUGAAUCCUUUACUUGUUUACGUACAACAGCAUAGUGGAGAGAGUGCUUAUGUCCUUCUUUAAAAAUAUGACGAAAUAAAUGUAAGAGAAGAAUUUGUAACAUAAAAAGUAAAAGAAAUAUAAGUAUAAAAUUCAAGAAAAAAAAUUUGAUGAAAUCUACGAUAUUUUGUUAUAUGUUUUAUCGAUUUUCAAAUUGUAUAAUGAUUUGUAUUAAG